AGAUAGUGCACGUGCUUUAUUGGCAGGGCGAAAGAAAGAUGGCUGCCAUUUUGCUGGGAGACAAGCGGCUAUCCGAUCUCAAGGUUACGGAGCUCAAAGCCGAACUAGACAAGCGCGGACUGUCGAAGAAAGGCGUCAAGAGCGUAUUGGUCGAGCGUCUGAAGAAGGCGAUCCUGCAGGAAGAACUGAACAACGUGAACGACGAAGACGAUGCAGACAGUGGACAGGAAAUAUCUGCUGCAGAUACAAGCCAAGAUGGGAUAGAGGUGGACGGAGGUGACAGUGGAGGUGCCGAGGUUGCGGUGCCGACUGGAGAUGCGGUGGGCGUUGGUCCAGACGGCUCCUCUGUUGAUCCCGAUCCCGAUCCCUCAGUCUCCGCGGAGCCACCACCUCCACCGCAAGUCGCUAGCGACAACGACGCAGCUGUCGAGACACCAGUGGUGGAGAGGACUGCUGAAGAGAAAAAACCACCAGGUUUGAUACAAGGAAGUAAUAAAAAUGUUCAUAUUCUUGUUUUGUUCAUUGAGGGUGGUUUGAAAGUGUCGGAGGUGUCAUUUUGUUGUUUUGUUUUGUUGUUGGUGUUUAAUCAGAGAGAUGAUCACACAGUGUGUUUUAUUGGGAGACUUGGACUCGACAACAUCGUGACCACUCCAACUGAUAAUGUUGUUUCUGAGAAGAUGUGAUUGGUAGGAGAGGCUAUCUGAACACUGACUGAUGGCUCAGUUUGUUCAAUGGUCUUUCAAACCAAGCCAGUAUAUAUGUCUCAUGACUAGAUAAAAACACGCCAAUUUCGUCAAGUAGGCAAGCAAGAUCGUCCGACCUUCCCCGUUUCGAUAGGGUUUUCCCCCUCUCCGAGAAAUGUGGUUAAAAUGCAGGAUGGUAGCAAAUUUCCUAAAUAGUAGUGGAGUGCACCACCCUACGUAGAAAAUGGCUGCUCGUAGGUAUUAAUACACUCACACGAUUUUCGCAAUAUAUAUAAUUUCUGUUGGUACGGGCCUACCGAGGUUGUUCAGUUUUGUUCCUUCACUGUCUUUGCUGCUGCCGUGGACCUCUUACUUCUAGGAAGAAGGCCACCACUCAUUACAUCUGAUAUUCUGGCAUAGUGCUAUAUUAUAAUCAGCUGGUCAGCCUAAGUACAGCUGUGGUACCUCAUGCAUACAUAGCACUGGUGUGCUUCAAUUGGAAAGGCUCACACUGAUGCUAAACUAUACAAUUGUCGGGGAAAUGAAUACGUAGUUGGUAAUUGCGUUUAUUUUCAAUAGCGUUCCUGGAUUUACGGCUUUCUUCGUAAAGAAUGCACUCGCAAAAAGUCAGACGAGUGCUGUGUGUGAUUGUACCGUGUGACCUCUGCGGCUUGCGCAAUUUCUGCAUGGGUUCAAGGUUCGUUGGUGUGCACGUGUGGUACCUGGCUAGGCUUAGGUACAACGUACAACACAUGUGCUUUGGGUAAUGUGCAUAAUGGUGCUAGUUGAAGAUGGAAAGAUCCACUUAGUUUGGUGGGUAGGCACCACCCAUAUGAAGAAGAACAGGAGUAAGAGAUCUCGGCCCAGGAUAUCCCGUGGCUGCAGGUGUUGGACAAUGUGUGUGGCUUACUCCACAAACAAAAGCAAGAGACUUUACUUGAAGUGUGCCGUGUGGAAGGAGUUGCUUGCUCUUUAAAUAGAGCCCACCUAUUACCCAAACAAGAAAACACACUAGAUCUCGCACUUGAGUUUACCGAGCACUAGGUGUAACAUUUGAUACACGAUAGACUCGAGUGAAUGUUGAUGAACGCAUUUAGAAUGUUUUUUUGUUUGAGUUUUCCCCCACAGUGAAGACCUACAGAAAGCGGUAUAUUUUUGUUGUGUUUCUGCUCAUUAUUUUGUGUGUUUAUUCUGUUAACCCUUUCCCUCCCCUCUUCUUCCCUCCAACACAUGUAACGAAAAACGCCCGCUCUGAAUUACAUCCGCAAAUCAAUUGAUUAUCUUAACACUUUCUUGACUUUUUUAAAACUGAUUCGUGUUUUCGACAGUUUGCGACCGACCAAAUAACGAAACUGAAACGAAACGGGCUCCGUCUGCCCCGGAAAUAGACACGGUUGCCAUGGAUACCUCAGACUCCAUCGCCGCUAGCGACGAUGGGCAGGAAGAGGAGGAAAAGGGUCAGAGCAAUCUGCCGAUGGACCUCGGGUCACCUUUGGACUCUGACCCCGAGUUUGACCUCUUGCCCGGAGAGCAAGACGACUCUAUGGACAUGCCUGGAAAAGAAGGCGAUGGUGAUGAAGAAGUGACCAAGACAGAAAACCAAGAACGUGAAGAAACGGCAGUGGAUGACGGUGAUAAAGAAGAAGAGAAAGGCGAAGAAGAAGCGAGGGAACAAGAAGAAUCGGAACAGAAGAAGGAGAGAGAGAAAGAAGAGGCGAAGGGUGCCGGGGGGAAGAGGAUCGAUAGACUGGACAGUACUUUUGACUCGAGUUAUGAACCAGCGACAGAGGAACUGCUGUACGAAGGAGACCCCGAUACAGAGGUGAAGCAAGAGACAUCGGAAGAGAAGACCCCAGCUGAGGAGGGGCGGCGGUUGACCUCACAAGAGAAGGACGAAGGAGGAGGGGAUAAGCCGGCCGAUACUUCAGUGACAACCGAGAGACGCGAUGAAGACAUAGGGUUCAUGGUGGAAGUCCACUACAAGGAUCAGGGAGGAGGCCUCGAAGAUCCGGUUGCCACGGUGAUAGGCCCCGCCCAUUCAUCGUCGUCAGCUAGGGAGGAGCCUAGAGGGAAAGCUAGUGUUGUCACAGGCGGGAAGACGACAGGCGAUAGUAACAGGCUGUCAGGAUGCCACCUGUGGGUAGCUGGACUGGUCGCUUCCGUAAGAGCACUCGAUCUUCAGACUCUGUUCUCUUCCUUUGGACAGGUGGUGUCGGCUAAAGUGGUUGCCAAGGCACAGUCCAAGGCCCGGUUUGGGUAUGUGACUCUGGCAACCCGGGAACAGGCCCAUAAAUGCAUCUUGGAGCUGAACGGAACUGAACUAAAGGGGAGCACCAUUCAUGUGGAGCUUGCCAAGACAGCUCCCCCUCUCUCCCAGCCUUCCCCCGGAGGAGGCAAAACUCAGAUGUCACAUCGAGCAUCGGCCGCCGGCUCUUCUCGGGGGAAAGACAGCGGAGCUAAAAAUGUCCACGACGCUCGAGAAAAAGAUAAGGUGGGACAGGCCAUCACUAGGAAGUCGCCGGGCGGAGGAGGAGGGGGAGGGGAGGGGAGAGUCGGAGUCAAGGCGGGGGAUCGAGGUAGAGAGGAUCGCCGGAGAUCUUCGGGAUCGUCCAGGUACCACGGCGACGAGCGCUCAUCGCACUCUCGUCGGAGCAGGAGUCCCCCGCUGAGGAGGAGUCCUCGAGGCGGCAGACCUCGCGGAGGAAGAAUGUCUCCGUCCCCGCGGUCGUCGUCGGGGAGUUACCCUGGCUCCUCGUCGCUACGGGGACCAGCGUCUCACUCGAGGGACGCUCGUGACGACAUCAUCCGUCGUGAGGAGCAACGACGAGAUCUGAUGGAGCGACGUCUCGGAGCCGAUCCCUACUACCGCGAGGGAUCCCGUCAGGUGAUGGUGGAUGACCGUCGCUUUGCCGACCGUUACCAGGAGAUAGCUGCACGCAGGCAGCUGGAGCUCGAGCAGACGCGGCGGGAGCAGGAAAUGGCUCGGAGGAUGCAGGAGAUAAGAGAGAGGGAGACCAGGGAGCGAGAGAUGAGGGAGAGGCAGAUGGCUGAGCAGGAGCGACUCUUCAAGGAGAGAGAGAGGGUCAUGAGGGAGAGGGAGUACCGAGAGAGGCAGAGGAGGGAGCAGUUGGAGAAAGAACUGAGGGAGAGAGACCAGAGAGAGAAGGAACUACGUGAGAGAGAGCGUCGAAUGCGCGAGCAGCACCUGCAGGAGAUACGAGACAGAGAACUGAAGGUGGCCAGAGAACGGGAACUGCGAGAGAGGGAAGUCCAGGUGAGAGAGGUGGACUUGGUCACCAUACAUCAUUACUAGGAAUGCGCACGCGCAUAUUUUGCCUCGCGCCUGCCAGCCAAUGCGUAAACAGUAAAUUUGCCCCUGCUGAAGAAAAUUUCUAGAAAUUUCUCGCCGCCCUCCCACUCUCAGGCUCGAGUUCUGCGUGAGAGGGAACUGCAGGAGAAGGAGCAGAGACUGCUUCAGGAGCACCAGAGGAUACAGAAAGAAAAGCAGAUGUACGAAGAGCAGCAGCGAAGGCUGAGGGAGGAAGCUGAGAGGCAGGCGAGGGAGCGAGAACGCGAAGCCAGGGAGCGAGAGGCGAGAGAGAUGGAAGUUCGCGAGGCCCGCGAAAGAGACAGGAAGCUGGAGGCCGAGAGGGAGCGCCGGCUCCGCGAGGAAAAGGAACGCGAACGAGAGCGUCGUGAGAGAGAGAGAGCUGCCGAGGAGAAACGACUACAGCUGGAGCGCGCCGCCAAACUGGAGCACGAACAGAAACGCAAACAGGAGGAGAUGAAGUGGGAGCGCGAGCAGAGUCGGAUGCUUCAGCAACAGAGGUUGGGGAAGAGGGGGAGCGGUGGGUACCAGGAUUCUUCCGGGUACGACAUGGCUAAAAGACAGGCAGUACAUGACAUCAGGAGUGUUGGUGGAGGUGUCCGCAGUGCAAGUACUGGCGGAGGUGGAGGAGGGAUGGACUUAUUCGACCUCUCGUCCAGCGUGUUUAGCAGACUCGACCCGCAGAAGCAGGUGACAGCAGACGGUCGUGUGAGCGGCGGAGGAAUGCAGAAUGUUUCCGGGAUGAUCUCAGGCAGUGCGGGUGGCGGGAAAAACAGCAGCAUGGCUGAUGCAUACUCCAGGCGAAGUGCCGGGGACGCUGGUGGUGUGGGAGGUGGCGGGUAUCGUCAGGGAGGGGGCUAUGGAGUUGGGGGAGGAAUGGGGAGGGAGCGUCAUAUGGAUACGGGGGUCACCUACCCCAUACCAAGUCUGAACAAGAGCGGAGGGCCGACCUCGUCUCAGGGGUACCAGAAAACUUCGGGGACAAUUGGGGGCGGGGUGACCGUAGUCCAAAAGGGUGGGGCAGUGGGCCUCUCGCGGCAGAACCAGGACAUAAUCUCAGCCGCGCUCGCAAACAUCCAGAAGUCGGUCGGCACGAGCGCGAAUCAGAUGCGCAUUACGGGGUCGUCCCCAAUCCAGCAGAUGAGUUCCGCUACCCACAUGUCGGCUACGGGCCUCGGGGAUUACAUGAAUCGCGGGGACCCGGUGGGGGGCCAAGUGUCUUCAAUUGGAGGGGUCGCUCGUCAGAUGAUGGGUGGGGGAGGGGGCAUGGGAGGAAUGGCUAAACCACAGUCAAAGCUACCACCAGAAGACGAGAGAUACAAUCGACGAUUCACUCGACCCUCACAUGCGCCAAGACAAGGAAACAUUAAGAGAUUUUAAGAUCUCGCAAGUCCUCCGUUGACCACAUCAUGAACUUUGAAAAUGUGACAAUCGGGCACUGCGUAGUUGUACAAGAUAUUAGACAAGUUAGUCGUUUACCUACCUAGACAGCCUUGUUUGUUGGGCUGUUGUUUUCUUUCACAAUCACAUCAUACCUUUACUCCCCCACCUUUUUGGCUGUGCUUUCAUCUUAAUUGUAUUUUGUUGUUGAUGUAAACUUAGUAUAUAUUGUAACAAAAUUAAUAAGUCUGUGCACACAAACAGACCCCUCCUCCGCUAAUGACGUAAUAUGAUUCAAGAGAACACGUGUCUCGUUGAAAUGUACAAACAUAGUUAAUUUAUAAUGUAAGUA